CAAACUUUCCCCCCAAAUCUGUGUUCUCUUCCUCAUGAAACCGAAUCCUCCGGCUGUGGCGUCCCAGGCGCCCGCCCCUCUCCCGCUGCCUCCCCCGGCGCCCCUGCCCUCGCCCUGCGCUGUCCGAGCGCCUCGGACCAGCUUUCCGCAGAACCUCGACCCCCACUCCUUGCCCUGAAAAUGAAGGUUUGGCUGCUGCUGGGUCUUCUGCUUGUGCACGAAGCGCUGGAGGAUGUUACAGGCCAGCAUCCUCCCAAGAACAAGCGCCCAAAGGAGCCAGGAGAGAACAAAAUCAAGCCUACUAACAAAAAGGUGAAGCCCAAAAUUCCUAAAAUAAAGGACAGAGACUCAGCCGAUUCUGUGCCGAAGACACAGUCUAUAAUGAUACAAAUGAUGGAUAAAGGUCGCUUCCAGAAACCCGCUGCUACCCUGAGUCUGACGGCAGGGCAAACCCUGGAGCUUCGAUGUAAAGGGAAUAAAAUUGCAUGGAGCUAUCCUGCUUACCUUGACACCUUUAAGGACACCCGCCUCAGUGUGAAGCAGCAUGAGCGCUACGGCCAGCUGACCCUGGUGAACUCCACUGCGGCGGACACAGGAGAAUUCAGCUGCUGGGGGCAGCUCUGCAACGGCUACAUCUGCAGGAGGGACGAAGCCAAGACGGGCUCCACCUACAUCUUUUUUACAGAGAAAGGAGAACUCUUUGUACCUUCACCCAGUCACUUUGAUGUUGUCUACUUGAACCCCGACAAACAGGCGGUGGUUCCUUGUCGAGUGACGGUCCUGUCGGCCAAAGUCACGCUCCACAGGGAGUUCCCAGCCAAGGAAAUCCCCGCCAACGGAACGGACAUUGUUUAUGACGUGAAGAGAGGUUUUGUGUAUCUGCAGCCUCACUCUGACCACCAGGGGGUGGUCUACUGCAAGGCAGAGGCCGGGGGCAAGUCCCAGAUCUCGGUCAAGUACCAGCUGCUCUAUGCAGAAGUUCCCAGCGGCCCUCCGUCAACAACCAUCUUAGCAUCGGCGAACAAAGUGAAAGGUGGGGAUGACAUCAGCGUCCUCUGCACUGUCCUUGGGGAGCCGGACGUGGAGGUGGAAUUCAGGUGGAUCUACCCUGGGCUGAAGGAUGAAAGGCCGGUGACGAUUCAAGACGCUUGGCGGCUGAUCCACCGAGGACUUGGACACACCACAAGGAUCUCCCAGAGCGUCCUGACAGUUGAAGACCUGGAGACCAUUGACGCGGGUUAUUACAUUUGCACUGCUCAGAAUCUCCGAGGACAGACCACAGUAGCUACCACUGUUGAGUUUUCCUGAUUUGGAAAAUGAAGUAUUAUGAACUUGCGGGAAAGCCAGUUCGUGUAUGCAGCCGGCUCUGGGGCUCCUUUGACCAGUGCAUUGCCAGAGGCUGAUGUCAAGUGCCAAACCCCAGGUCCUGUCCUGUGAGUCAGACCCAGACCUCCAAACUAAAAGGAAGUCACCCAGGCUAAUAAUAGAUGUGUUAACUCCAAGAGAAAGCCUGUAUUCUGAUAGCCGACCUACGUAUAUGUGUUUCUAGUUUUACACUAAGAAGGCAUAUAUGUAAACACCUUCGUAUAAUCAUUUCUAUUAAAUGAGCAAGUUUUUGUAAAAAAUCAAAAA